GCCCAGACGCACACCCUGCUCCAGGGGGCUCCUUUCCUAGGCUGCCCCCAUGGAGUUCCCCCUGGCCCAGAUAUGCCCCCAAGGGAGUCAAGAAGCCCCCACCAUAACCUUCAGCACCUUCCAGCCCAUAGACUUGAACCGCAGGAGCUGCCAGGGCCUGGGCUUGCUUCCAGGACCCAGACUCCAGGCCCUGAAGGCCGAGGAAGCCCGGCCCAGCCCCAGGGCCUCCGCUGCGCACGCUGCGGCACCUCCCCAGGCCCCAGGGGCUGCCUGCAGCCCAAAGGAUAUUGGGAAGGAAGAGGUGCCUAGGGAAGAAGGCAUGUCCCUGCAGGCUGAGACUCAGGCUUGGUUCCAGAAGACCCAGGCCCAUGAGCUCCUGCAGCAUGGGGCAGCCCCUGCUUGGUUCCACGGCUUCAUCACCCGGAGAGAGGCCGAGAGGCUGCUAGAGAGGAAGCCUCAGGGAUGCUACUUGGUGCGUUUCAGCGAGAGCGCCGUGACCUUUGUACUGACUUACAGGAGCCGGACUUGCUGCCGCCACUUCCUGCUGGCCCAACUCGUGGACGGGCGCCACGUGGUGCUGGGCGAGGACAGCGCCCACGCGCGGCUGCAGGACCUGCUGCUGCACUACAAGGCGUGCCCGCUGAGCCCCUACGGGGAGACGCUCACCGAGCCCCUCGCCCGCCAGACUCCUGAGCCCGCAGGACUGUCCCUAAGGACUGAAGAAUCAGACUCUGGAAGCAAAAGCCAGGACCCACAACCUCAGUAUACCUCAAUCCUCAAAAAGGAGCAAAGCGCAGCCCCCACGCAGAAAGACGGGGCAGGGGAGCCAAAGCAGACGUCCCAGCCGCCCAAGCCCAAGCCUCCCGUCCGCGCCAAACCUCAGCUGCCUCCCGAAGUCUACAAAAGCCCCGCUCCGAGACCCCGCCCAACCCCGCCCCCCAAGCCCUCCAACCCCAUCUACCACGAACCUGAUGAACCCAUAGACUUCUAUGCCAUGGGCCGUGGCAGCCCCGGGGAAGCCCCCAGCAACAUUUAUGCCGAGGUGGAGGUGAAGGUGCCUGAUUCAGGGUGUGAGGGCCCGCCGUGCAUCCUCAGGCACGAAGUCCUACGGAAGUGCCAGUCCAGGCCUGUCCCAGGAAGCCAGAAUCCAGGUGGCCAACAACUGCAUUCUGAGAACUCUGUGGCUGAACAAGGCCCUCCUGUGCCCCACAAGCCCCUACCCCGCUGGGGGCACACCCUCCCCCACAACCUUUCUAGAUAGGUGCUUCAGA